CCGGGCCGCCGGCUCCGCCUUUCUCCCUGAUCACGUGGCCCCGCGCUCGGCUUCGGCGGCGCGCGGCGACGGCUCCCGGCCGGAAGUGGCGCGGGGGAGGCAGGUGCGGGGCCUUGCUGCCGUUACCGCCACCGCGCCCGCCCGCGCCCCCUUCCCCCCCCCGCCGCCAUCAUGCACCCGCGGCGCCCCGAGGGCUUCGACGGCCUCGGCUACCGCGGGGGCGGCCGGGAGGAGCUGGGCCCCGGCGGCAGGCCCUUCGGCGGCGCCGCGGAGCUGAGCCACUGGGUGACGAGCCCGCCCGAUAUCCCCGGCAGCCGCAACCUGCACUGGGGGGAGAAGACGCCGCCGUUCGGGGCGGGGACGCCGCUGGGGGGCGCCGCCCUCAACGAGGAGCCCUGCCUCGGCGCGGGGGGCCCCGGCGCCGAGCAAUUGAACAGAUUUGCAGGCUUUGGUAUUGGCCUCGCAAGCCUAUUUACAGAAAACGUGUUGGCACAUCCUUGCAUUGUCCUGCGUCGUCAGUGUCAGGUUAAUUAUCAUGCUCGGAACUAUCAUCUCACUCCAUUUACUAUUGUCAAUAUUAUGUACAGCAUCAAUAAGACACAGGGUCCAAGAGCUCUCUGGAAAGGAAUGGGCAGCACUUUUAUUGUCCAGGGCAUAACCCUUGGAACAGAAGGCAUCAUCAGUGAAUUUACACCUUUGCCAAGAGAGCUUUCACAUAAAUGGAACCUCAAGCAGAUAGGUGGCCACCUUCUACUCAAAGGCUUAACACAUGUGACAGCAAUGCCUUUUUAUUCUGCAAGCCUGAUUGAAACUGUGCAGAGUGAAAUCAUUCGAGAUAAUCCUGGAAUUCUGGACUGUGUGAAAGAAGGGAUCGGCAGAGUUGUAGGCAUGGGAGUACCCCAUAGCAAGCGUCUCCUUCCUCUGAUGGUGUUGACUUUUCCAACUGCUCUACACGGAGUUCUUCACUACGUCAUCAGUUCCAUCGUCCAGAAGCUUGUUCUGUUUGUUCUGAAAAGGGAGAAUUCCCACAACCUCCCGACAGAGAGCUCCACCUCUGUGCAGAGCAUGCUGGAUGCGUAUUUUCCAGAACUUAUCGCUAGCUUUGCUGCUAGCCUUUGUGCUGAUGUUAUGCUUUACCCACUGGAGACAGUUUUACAUCGCCUUCAUAUUCAAGGGACACGCACAAUAAUUGACAAUACAGACCUUGGCUAUGAAGUGCUUCCCAUAAAUACUCAGUACGAGGGCAUGAGAGACUGCAUAAAUACUAUAAAACGGGAAGAGGGGAUGCUAGGUUUUUAUAAAGGAUUUGGAGCUGUUAUAGUACAGUAUACCUUGCAUGUAGCAGUUUUACAGCUCACAAAAAUUAUUUACUCAACACUGCUUCAAAAUGUUUCUUAAUUUGUUCAGGUGUGGAUUUAGCACAGUGGUCUAGUUAUUUACCAACCUAAUUAUUGUUAAAAAUGGCUUAGAAAUGACAUUGAAGAAUACACUCUAUAGAUUCUAUCUACAUUGUAAAAACUUGUUUUAAAAAUUGGAAUUUAAAUUCCUAAAUGUCAUUUAAAAGUACUACUUAAAUUUAAAAUGAUAAACACCAAUUGAAUAGUAUGUGUGGUCAUACAGAAGGCAAUCAGAUUCUGGUUGGAAUGAGGUUUUACCUUUCCUCUUACCAGUUAAUUAGCAUGAGGAAUGGAUAUGAAUUUUUCAUCUCUGCUUUAUAAACAUCACAUCUGAUAUUUAGUUUGGACUGCUAUGCAGUUCAAAAGGAUUUGUUUUCAUGAGUUGUAAGAACUUGGAAGCAGGAGAGUGAUGGGUUUGCUGAGCUUUUAAAAAUGUUUUCACCUUCCCUGUUAAUGGAGCUGUGAGCAACAUGGAAACCGUAAAACUUGAGUAGACGUAAAUGUCAUAAUUUACAGGUACAUAGAAGACUUUUCUUACUUUCACUGCAGCAGCGUGGCAGGAGAAGAUGAGGUAAAGUCCUUUGCUUUCAACAAAAUACUCCGUAACCAAAACUUAGUUUUGGACAAAGUUGAAGGGAAUGCAGAGCUCAGUUGUCUCGCAGUUUGUUAGCAGGGCUUACAAUACCUGAAGUUUGUGAAUAAAGCAAGUUAGAAGCUGAUUAUGUGAAUGUGUAAGUACCAUUUUUAGUCAACUUUCCACUCAGAUCUUGGGAGUUUAGUUUUACUCUGGUACACUGUGUAAGAGUAGAAUAAUCAUGCAAAUGUAUUUAGUAUCAGUGUUCAAAGUGUACUGAAAGCAUAAAAGAUAACUGGCCUUUUCUAAAGUUUCACUUUUGUUGGAUUGGAGAGGUAUAUACACGUCUAUUGAACAGCCAUAUAUAUAAUGUCCACUUACGAUUUAGCACUGAUGUCCUUUGUUUAAAGUCUGUGUUGGAUUGGAUAUUUUGUGAAGCAAAAUUAAGUCUGUUAACGUGUAAGCUGACUACUGAAAUGUGCUGCUUUUUGCCCUCUUUCCCCAGUAAAUCAAGGCUUUCAGUCUGAAAAUGAGUUGUGAUCGUUCUAAACAACUUUCAAGCAGUUACGGAAUUUUGGUUUCAUGAGUAAAUAUAAUGAAAGCUCGGGGGGGAAAUGAUUUUAGCAAGUAAAACAAGUAUAUGGAAAAUCACUUUUAAGUUAUACAGAAGGCUGUUAUCUUUUUCACACUUCUGUGUGACAAGUCUUUAUCUCUGUGCAUACUGUAAGUUGAUGUGCAUUUAACUAAUCUUAAGCAUAGUAGUCUGCCAUGACUGCUUUCCAUAAGUGAAAAAUAAUGAAGAGGUAUUGCUGUUCAUACCUUCUGAGUAUAUCAUUUGAAGGUCUGCUUUGCUAUCAUUAAACAAACUUUCAUGUAUUUUAAAGUAUUGGAAUGGAAAGUAUAGUCAACUUGGGAACUGGUUUUAUUUUGAAAUAUUGUUAAUUGCAAAUUUAGUGUAUAGAAUGGAAUCAAUCAAAUAAAGUGAAAAUAUACUGUAAA